CAUUCAACCAGCAACGCCGACAUUCGGGCACCAAGGAACUGUUCUUGUGUGAAAAACACACACACAUUUGUUUUAUUUCGCUAGGACUCGACAAACGAUUACUUCACAAAUCCCAAAAUGCCGUCGAAAAAGAAAAAAUACAACGCACGCUUCCCGGCGGGCCGCAUCAAGAAGAUAAUGCAGAGCGACGAGGAGAUCGGGAAGGUGGCCCAGGCGGUGCCCGUUAUCAUCUCGCGCACGCUGGAGCUCUUCGUGGAAUCGCUGCUGACCAAGACGCUGCGCAUCACCAAUGCGCGCAACGCCAAGACGCUGUCGCCGUCGCACAUGAGGCAGUGCAUCGUGUCCGAGAAACGGUUCGACUUCCUCAAGGAGCUGGUGCGCAACAUACCCGACAUCAGCGUCGCCGAGGAGGCCGCCUACAACGAGGACGAUGUGCUGCGCAGCUCACCGGAGGAUCAGUACCCGGACUCUGACACGCCAUAUGAUCUUAGCCUGCCAUCGACGUCCAUGCGCUCGCAGGCGAAUGGUACCGCCGCCUACAUGCGCUCCAUGAGUCUGAAUAACGGAGCAGGAGCUGGCGGUGGCGGUUGCGGUGGCGGAGGAGGAGCCACCAAGCGGCAGCUCCAGACACAGCACAGCACCACCUAUCCAAAUCCCACCACCAUCCUGCCCGCCAAGUUGGCCCGUUCCGAGUCCACGCCGGCCUACACGCCCCGCGGCAGGCCGCCCAAUCACCUCAAGAAGCAGUCGGUGCAGCUCGACACUGCCAUACCUGCGCCGAUCUGCAGCUACGAACUCAACAAGCCCAUCGUCAAGAUCGACUACAGCCACGUGCAGAUGCAGAUGCAGACGCCCGCGGCGAAUCUGUGCACCCCGGAUGCCUCCGAUUCCGGCUCAGGAUCGGGAGCCGGCUCUGGGGCCUUCAACUUCGACAUCGCUGCGCCGGUGAUCAACAUCGAUUUGACGAAUAUCGUGGCCGCCGGAGCGGCGGGCAGCAGAAUGCCCACCUCGAUUGGAUUCGCACCGGCCACGCCGGCGGAUAACAACAACGUUAACCAAAUGGCUGGAAAGAGCAGCGCUCCCAUCAUUCCAAAGGCCACCGCGGCAUCAGCGACCCCCACUGAAACCGUUUUCGAAUUAGACGAAGACUAUGACAAUAUUUGAUUAGGAUCUAUGUGAAUGCGCUUUUAAAUUAUUGAUACAUUAAUAUGUACUCUAGGUUCUAAGUAAUCACGAUAACAUUUUUUGCAAAAUAAAGACCAUGCUGGAUUUUAAGCUGA